AUGAGAAAAAUAUUCUCUAUUGCACGCUCUAAUUUAAAAUUAAAAAAGGGGGAUAUAAAUAAUAUAAGAAAGGAAAAUAUUUUAGAGGAAGAAAGAAAUGUUUUUGAUGAUUAUAAGACAGAUAUAAGUGAUAGUGACAUUAAAAAUAAACAAAAUCACAUUAAUCAAUCUAAAAGUACAAAUGAAACAGAGUCAGAUAAGUUUAGCAGAAUAGACGACAAUGAUCAUAAUUCAAUAGACAUAAAUUCUAGCAAUGAAAAAAAAAAUGAAAUUAAUGAAAAGUCGAGUGAUGAAAAAAUUAAUAACAUUGAUAAUAUACAAGUUUCAAAAAAUGGAGAAAAUCAAAAUGCAUCGAUAAAAGAAAAAAUGAUAGAAGAUCCAUGUUAUGUACCUAAAGAGUCACGAUAUUUUUUACACGACAAUAGAUUUGAAAUAAAUGAUAAAAAUGUAAAAAACAAAAAUAUAAAUGAUAACAAAAUUAAACAAACAAAUAAUGCCUAUUAUAUAGAUGAAAAAAAAUGGAAACAUGAUUUAUUUUAUGAUUAUAAAUAUAAUGAUUAUUAUCUAAAAGAUCGAAAUAAAUAUUCAAAUUAUUAUUCCCAUACUAAUAAUUAUUAUCGCUCAAAUUUCUCAUACUACUCAUCUUAUAAAAAUAAUAAAAUAAAUACCACCAAAAAUAGAGAUAAAGAAAAUGUUGAUAAGUUAGUGGUUACUUCAAAAAGGGGAAAUAAAACAAAUGAAGAUGCCAACUCAAAUAUUGUCAUUGAUGAUAAGAAAAAUGGCAAGGAUACUGUAGAAUUGAGUUACAAUAAGUCUAAAGAAAAUGAACAAGCUAAAAUAAAAAAUAAUAAAUAUGAUAGUAACUUUAAAAAUGCAAAGGAUAUAUAUAACAAAAGCUAUUCAAAUAUAGUAUACCCAUAUAAUAGGAAAAGGGACAACUAUUAUAAAACUAACAUCUAUCAUUACAAAAAUAGUAAGAAAUAUGUAUCAAAUACUGAAAAGAAUAAAAGCAGUAAAAGCUCAAAAGGUGUAGUAACUACAGUUGAUGAUAAUAAUAAAAAAGGUGUGAUAACUACAGUUGAUGAUAGCAAUAAAAAAGGUGUGGUAACUACAGUUGAUGAUAGCAAUAAAAAAGGUGUGGUAACUACAGUUGAUGAUAGCAAUAAAAAAAGUGUAAAAAAUGACGACAUUACAGAUAAGCGUAAAGAAGGUGACAACAAUUGUAAAGAAAAGGAUGAACAGGUUGAAAAUAAAAAUAGUUUAAAAAAAACGGAGGAAAAAGUUAAGAGUGUUGAAGCAAGUGUGAGCGAUGUGCAGAAUAAAAAACAAGUUACACAAACCCAAGAGCAAAUAAUCAAAACAAACAAAUAUAGUGAUAAAAAAAAAAAUAAAUUAUCUUCAUAUACAGACAAAAAUACAUAUAACAAUAAAUAUGGAAUAAAUGAAAAAUAUACAUCUAUGAAAUAUAAAAAAUCAUUCCCAUUUCAUUACUCAUAUGAAGACCAACACUUAAAUCGAAGAACAAGAAGAAGUAGAUAUAAUAACAACAGCAAUGUGAAAUACUUGUAUGGAAAUAAAUAUUUAACUACUAAAUCGGGGAGACCAAACAAUUAUUAUAAUCAUUAUGAAUAUGAUAGGAAAAUAUAUAUCGAUGAAAAGAAAGAUAGUAUAUAUAAUUCCCAUGUAAAUAAUAUAAAUAAAAGAGAUUCCAAAAAAGGAAAUAAAAAUAGAGAUACAGAUGAUAAAAAGGGGAAUACAAAGAAUGACUCAGACGAAUUAUGUAAAUCAUUAAAUGAUACAACAUCUGAAGUAAAAAAUAAAAAUGCAGAUAAAUCUUUAAAAAGAAGUAAUAACAAUUUGAAUGCACCUCAUACUGAUACUAUUCACAAUGUAAACGAUAAAAAGGAAAUUGUGAAAAAUGAUGAAAAAGUGGAAAAAAAUAAUGAGUAUAAUAAUAAAAGCCAAAAUAGUACACGUGAAAAUAAACAUAUAAAUAAUAAAAAUUACAAAAGUAAAGAUUAUAAAAAGUCAUUCACAGAUUUUCAUGACAACAAAUUUGAUGAUAAUGUUAGUAAAAAAAAUAAUCUAAAAUAUGGUAAGGAUAAAUAUUUUUCUAAAUAUGAAAAAUAUUACCCUACUAAAGAUAGUUAUUCAAAAAAUGAUCAUAAUAAAUAUGGAAUAAAUAAUAGGAAUAAAUAUUAUACCAAAGAUAAUCAGAAAGAUCGUUCUCAAAAAUAUUCAAAUUGGAAAGACAGAGAUAUAUAUGAUGGAAUUAAAAAUGAAAAAAAUUUAGAAAAAACAAAUGAAAAUGAAAAAGAAAAGGACAAGGAAAAAACACCCAACAAGAAUGAUCAUAUAUAUAGAAAAAAAACAGAGAGUAACAGUAAUUUAGAUAUUUAUGAAAAAAAACAGGAUAGUAAAACAAAUGCAAAUUAUGACGAAAAAAAUUAUCGUGGUAAAAGUACCAUUUAUUCAAAUAAAAAAUAUUCCAAAUAUGAUGAUGAUAAAUGGGGUAAAAAUGGAGAUAAAGAAUAUUUUGACGAAAAAAAAAAACAAAUAAAUAAUGGAAAAAAUGUAGAAAAUAAAGAUAUAUAUCAAAAUAUAAAUAAUAAGACCAUUGAUUUUUCACUUAUUAGAAAAAAGACACCAGAAAAAAAAAAUAAUGAAACAAACAAUAAAUACAAUUUUGUAAAAAAAAAUGAAAAAAGUGAUGACUCACCAAAAAAUAACAAUUAUAAUAAUAAUAAAAAAAAAACUGUUAAUAAUGAUAUUUCAAAUCCAAAUGAAGUUCCAGAAGAUAAAAAAAAUGAAGUUAAUAAUGUAGAAAAUAAUAAUGAAGAGAAUGGUAAAAAAUAUUAUCGUGAUAAUGUAAAAAAUAAGCAAUUACAUCAAAAGAAUAUAAAAAAUAGUUAUAAUCAAAAUUGUAAUACACAAAAUUAUGAUAACUAUGUUAAUAAUGGAAAUUAUCAGAUAUAUGGAUAUGACAAUAAUUAUAUAGAGAAUAGUAAUAGUACAAAUUAUUAUUAUAAUGAAAAUUUAUAUUCAGCAAAUAAUAAUAGUAAUGGAAGUAAUAAUGAAAAUAACUCUAAUUUUAAUAUUGGAAAUAGUGAUACAACAAAUAUAGGUAGUAAUAAUAAUUACAUAAAUGAUAAUACACCAUUUUAUAAUGAUAAUGGAUAUCAUCAAACUCACCAUAUGAAUAAUCAAUUUAUGAAUAAUAAUUAUAUGAACAAUAAUUAUUUAGCUAGCUUAAAUUAUAUGAAUGAAGGAAAUUAUAUAAAUGAUACUAAUUAUAUGAAUAAUCCAAAUUACCAUGAAUGUAGAUAUAUUCGAAAUAAUUAUAUAGCGGAUAACUCUGGAUAUAUUAAUGAUAAUAAUGCUUAUAUGAAUAAUGAUGUACCUAAUUAUAUUAACGAUAAUAAUGCUUAUAUAAAUAAUAAUCGAGGGUACAUAAAUGAUACAGGAUCUUAUAUUAAUGAUAAUUAUGUUCAGGAUACAUAUAUAAAUAAUAAUUAUAUUAAUGGUACUAAUAAUUAUUACUAUGAUUAUAUCCAACCAAAUUAUGUCAAUUCAAAUGAUAAAUAUUAUUAUAACAAUAGUAAAUAUAUGAAACAAAAUUAA